AUGUCGCGGCGGCAGCGUGUGCCGCGCCACAAGGGGAACCGACGGAAACGCAACAAGAACCCAAAACUGUCGCCGUUUCAGCGCGAGCAACAACGCGCAAAGCUCGCCAACCAGGCGCCCAUUGCGUCCAUCAAGGGCAACCAGCGUGACUACCCUGUCAGCCAGAGGGCGGUGAUGGAGUACCUCAUCGCCAGGCGCCAGCGGGAGCAGGAGAAGCGGCAGCGGCGUGAGGAAGCCGCAGCGGCAGCAGCAGCAGCAGCAACACCGACAGUGGGGAAUGUCGAGGGCGAGAAUGGGCAUGUGGAGGCCGCAGAUGCUGCCAUCUCCGCUACGUCGUCCGCCGCAUUGCCGCGGGCCAAAGCGAAGAGCAUUGCAAGUCGUGUUAAUAAGGAUAAGAAGGAGGGGGAGAAGAAGCAGAAGAAGCGUCUGCUGCAGGCGAAGAAGACUUCGCUGGCGACCCCAGUCGCACUCAACGAAGAGUUCGCCGCCUCGCUGUCGCGUCCCAUCCUGGCUUUCCACACACGCACUGAAGACGAGGACGGGGUCCCACAAGACACUGUUGAGGCCACCAUCGCGCGGAAGAAAGAAAAGAAGCACCGAAAGAAGGUGGAGGCCCGACGUGAGCGUGUGCAGCAGAUGUUGCAGGAAACGGAGCAGCAGCUGAAGGAGAGUGUGCUGCGUACCAAGGGCGGUAAGAAGCGCAGGAGAGCAGAUGACGUCGCCGCGAAGGAUCUUGCGUUCGAGAGAAAACUCAAGCAGAUGCAGAAGGAACAGGCAGACAAGGAAACAGCAGAGAAACAGGCUUCGGGCAACGGCAAGCAGAAAAGUAGUGGGGAUAGCAACGGCAACAGCAGCAGCAGCAGCAGCAAGAAAAAGGAUCGCAAGCGCAUCACCUUCUCUGAUGGUGCUGCGGAGAGUGCCGAGGAUGUCCCGCAUGCUGCGAUGCGUUAUCCCAACGACAAGGGUGAGAAAAAGCCCCGUGAGUUCUACGAGUUGGUCGAUGUUGUACGCUACGGCGAGUGCGUCAAGGCGCCGCCCGUCUUUGACACACUGCCGCGCCGCGACGCCGCCAUCACACGCCUCGCCAACCAACUGGAGUCGUCGAAUCCGAAGAAGGGCGUCGCGUCAUCGCGGGCGGAACGGCUGCAGCUAUUGUCGUCUGUCGGCGGCGUCGGGGAGCAAAAGCGUCUGGAACGCCUCGGCCUCGCGCCUGUUGGCGGCAGGGGCACUGCUCCUGCUGCUGCGCAGGCAUCGCGAGAGGUCUCAAAGGAGGAGGAAAUGCGGCGGCUGCGUGAGGGCGUCAUGGCCGCGUACCGCCGCAACAAGCACGUGCAAGUGGAGGCGCGAAAGGGUGUCGACAUGCGACACCAGUUCCCGCUUUUCUCUUGA